AUGAGCGACCCUGCACAAGACCCUGCUGCUGCGACCGCACCUCCACCCACUUUCAAGCGCAAGAAGCGACCCGCCCAGUCGAGGACUGUCGACUCGACGCCCCUCCUCGGCUCGAACCAGGACGACCAGGACAACGACCACCGCGACUCGACCAGCGAGACCCUCGACGAGCUCCUCGCCCUCCGUCGCCUCAAGCGCUCCACCGCCGGCCUCGAGCUCGACCGUCUCAACUCGGGCGAGCGCCGAAAGCGCGCAAAGCCCACCGCGACCCCGGGAGACGGCGCACCAGCAGAUGGCGGCACCGUCCUGCGCGAGGACGGCACGGUCGAGGGCACCCAGGGCGGCUUGCGCUCUGGUGCCGGAGGCGACCGCCUGCGCGACGACGCCGAGAGCCACGACGCUCGACAGCGCAAGAUCAUCAAGACGGACAACUUCACCGGCCAGACCAACACGGUCGACGUCGACAAGCACAUGCUCGCCUACAUCGACGCCGAGCUCGCCAAGCGUCGCGACCCGUCCUUGGCCUCGGGCGCCGACGCCGGCGCGUCCAAGAAGGCGCUCGACCCGCGCGACGAGCUGUACGCCGUCGCCGACAAGUACAAGUUUGCCGACAUUGCCGCGGCCGAGCAGGGCAAGAAGGACCGCGACGAGGACGAGGGCAACGUGACGUUGAGCGCGAGCAUGCUCAUGGGCAUUCCCGAGGUCGACCUCGGCAUCGACACCAAGCUCGCCAACAUCGAGGCGACCGAAAAGGCCAAGCGCCAGCUCAGCGACGCCAAAGCCGCAGCACGGGCGGCCCGACUUGCGCACGACGAGGCCGACGAGAUGGCCGCCGACCGCUUCUACCGCCACCGCCGCCCGCUCGAAAGCGACACGGACGCGCUCGAGCGCGCACGUGCCGCCGCCCUCGCCGCGGCCGACCCGGCGCUCGCCGACCCGGACUAUGCGCUGCGCAAGGCCAAGCCCAACGGCGGGCGCGGCGGCGGCGGUGGUGGGGGAGGAGGAGGGAGGAGGGAGCUCGCGACGGACGAGAUGGCCAUGGCGAGGUUCAGGAAGAGGGAGGGCGGCAAGAGGUGA